CAAGGACCAGCUUGGGCCUAACCAGGCAUUCUACUACUAACUUGGACCUCUGAAGCUGAAUCUAUCACUCUAUCCCUUGACAAGCUGCACAUUCACUAUACAGCAGCCUGGGCUGCGCUGUAUCACUCCCAACGACACAAGGGCUUCGCCUCUUUUGUUCCUUACCUCACCUCAGAUUAAGGGACCUCGGUCUUUUUCUGACCGGGCACGCUAAAGACGGAGAAGUGUUCUAAGCCUCCUACUGGAGCGAGCAACUCCAUAUCCAUAUACUUAUCCAUCCGUCCAUCUCACACAUCUUUACGACUUCUGUCUCUCUCUCUCUCUCUCUUGCCAGAUUAUCAAAGCACCACUGACUGUUGUCCACCCAAGCCGGUCAUCGCGUUUGUUACAGCACAAUUCUUAUGAUCUGACGCCUGCCAUCGAGUCACUCUCUCACCACUAAGGAUUUCGCCCACCAAAUCUUUCUGAAUCCACUGCAUUCGAUCCAUCACAUUACCCCCUGGUGAAUCUGUUGCUAGUUCGACGUAACGUUACGAACAGUACCUGUCUUGCAGCGGCCAUCUCCCACCAGUUGCCAUCAUGGGGGAACAACCAGGCAUUUACGUUCAUCUGGAAAUGGGUGUUCAGCUGCCCAAAAUCAUGUCCAAGGACCGACACAUUACUUAUGUAUCAAAGAGCAUGCGCGACCGAGCCAGCCAAUUCCCUCGCCAACUACCUCCAACAAAUACCAACUAUCUCAACGCUCCUGCACACUACCAGGUUGCUCACCAACAAAUGGCAACCCAAGCCCAGCAACCACAGACCCAACCACAGCAACAGUUCACUCACACCAUCAGUGACAUGCCUCCCAAUAUCUACAACAGAGAUCCAGUGUUGGUUGGCAUGGCCCAUGAACCGACAUAUCUUCCAUAUCGUCCCCAACAAGCACAACAAGCACACCACAUCAGAGAGUAUUAUGCACCAGCUGCCCCAUCGCAACAACAGCAGCGAGAGGCUCAUCCCGAGGAGCUACGACUAAGCUCGAGAUCCGCGGAAAGAAGUUCUCAUGAACGUGGAAGCUCUGCGCCCCCACCUUUAAACAGCAGUCCCUGGGAUGUGACCUCCCACAAUUCAGGAGGCGAGCCCCAUGUUUGGAAGGCUUUGCCUGCAACGCCGAAUCAGUUCCGACUUGGAGAGAGCGACAUGCCAUGGGACGGCUGGAAUUUCCCGAUGGGAUUCAAUGACAACAAUGGAGAUGACGACAGCAACGAAGGGGGAGAGAACCGCAAUCGUUCGCGUGAGGCCAGCCUCCGAGCAACAUGGGGACCCGAGUUCCCAGGAGAGCCAUCACGAUACGUCCAGCCUGCGCAAGUGGACGACCGGGCGCGAGGCAAAGCCAAAGACAUACAAUCAUUGGCUUCAGCACUGAUGACAGUGGAUAACGGGUUUGAAGACCAAUGGUGGUAUCAGGGACCACGUCUCGUCCAUCUCGAUGGCACAACAGUCAUGGUGCCUACAGCUGUUCCAAGGUCCAGCUUUCACCCAGACCAUCAACAAAGCUCGGUAGGAUGGGCUGUCUCCCGCGAAGAAGAGCAACAACAGCAAGAUCUUAAAUAUCAGCAUCAGCUACAACAGAGUCGCCGCGAACAGGAGCAGCAACGAUAUCAGCGUAACCGACAACGGCAUCUAUCUCUCCAGGAAGAGCAACUCGCAUCGUUUGUUUCUCCGAAUACUUCAUUUCAGCCUAUAUCGCCUCGAUCGAGCCUUGCAGAUAUUGUGUCGCCUUUGAGCGAUUAUCCGAGUCCGCUGUCGAGUUGUGGGGGAUUACGGCGGUCUUUGACCACGAGAUCAGAUGAACUUCACAUAUAGAUUCACCUGGACGCAACCUCUAUCACUGCUGGGAAGUAUGACAAGUACCCUAUGCAUUGACUUAUGACAGCCCCACGAUGGUUUAAUGAGGAACACGCAUGGUUCUCCGUUACGGCGAAAUAGUUAUUGAUUUUCACCAUGUCAUAUGUUUUUAGGCAUCCAGAAGAUGUCUCGGGUGAACGUUUAUAGGAUGGCGUUAACAAAGAGUUUGAAGACGUCUUUCAGAUACCUCUUGGAUUCGGGUGCAAGGAAGGGACUUAAUUGACCGUUUAAAUGACGGAAACCGUUGUCCAGUUCUGAUGUAAUAGCUCUCGUCUAAUCGUUAUUGUGUAGUAACCUAUUUGAAGCUGACAACAUAAAUGAAGUAACUGAUUCUGGGCCUUGAAGUGGGACCAAUGGAUAUAAAUCAUCGAAGCGAAUUAAAGAUUGAUUGAGUUGAGGGCUAUCAUAGGAAACAGAAAGAACAUUGGCGGGUAAACCUUUGAGGUAAGUGGCCUAGUAUGCAACCACUAUGUAUAAAGUGGAUUAGGUAAAGCUCUUAUUAGAUCUUUUAAUAGCAGCUUUUCCUUGUUUAUUUUAUCCAUCCUAGAGAAUUAAUGUAACUUAGAUUUAAGCAGAA